GGGCUCAGGGUCGCCCAGCCCCAAAGACAGCUAAACCGCCGCGGAGGGACCGCGGGAAGUGGGGUCCGACGACCACGUCGAGGCGCACACUCAACGCCGGGGGGCGCUCUUCCCCGCUCGCGUAGCUCUGCGCCCGCACGCUCCGCCCCUCCGCACCCUAGCAGAGCCACAAGACACGCGGACUCGCGGGGCAACGCCGAGCCUCCUCCUUCUGUCCACACGGGGCUAGGGUCCUCCUGGCCCGCUCGCACCACCCGGCGCCGGACCCAACGGGCGGAGGGAGAGAGUUUGGAGCCCGAGCCUCACCACAGGCGGGUACAGCCUCCCGGAUCAGCGCCGCGCGGUGCGCGCCCAGCUUGGGGACAAUGGGACCGCGGCAGUUGCUGCUGGUCGCCGCGGGACUGAGUCUGUGCGGCCCGCUGCUGUCGGCCCGCACCCGAGACCGCCAUCCAGAGUUACAAACAAGAAAUGAUUCUACAGUAGGUCCCCGGACAUUUCUUCUCAGGAAUUCCAAUGAUGGAUUUGAACCUGUCCCGUGGGAGGACUAUGAGGAGAAAAAUGAAAGCGGGUUCCCUGGAAACACAGUAAACUCCUUUAGUCAUGGCAGUCUUCAAAAAUCGCCCACUGUGUUCAUCUCGGAAGAUGCCUCCACGUAUCUGACCAGCUCCUGGCUGACUGUGUUCAUCCCCUCUGUCUACACUGGCGUGUGUAUCCUCAGCCUUCCUCUGAACAUCAUGGCCAUCAUGGUGUUCAUCUUGAAAAUGAAGAUCAAGAAGCCCGCUGUGGUGUACAUGUUACACCUGGCCACGGCAGACGUGCUCUUCGUGUCUGUGCUCCCAUUCAAGAUCAGCUACUACUUCUCCGGGAGUGACUGGAAAUUCGGGUCUGAGAUGUGUCGCUUUGUCACUGCCGCGUUUUACUGUAACAUGUAUGCUUCCAUCAUGCUUAUGACGGCCAUCAGCAUUGACCGCUUUCUGGCUGUGGUGUAUCCCAUCCAGUCCCUCUCCUGGCGCACUAUGGGCAGGGCGUCCUUCGUGUGUCUGGUCAUCUGGGCCAUGGCCAUCGCGGGGGUGGUGCCGCUUCUCCUCAAGGAACAGACCGUCUGGGUGCCGGACCUCAACAUAACCACCUGCCACGACGUGCUCAAUGAAACCCUGCUCGAAGGCUAUUACGCAUAUUACUUCUCAGCCUUCUCUGCCAUCUUCUUUUUUGUGCCGUUGAUCAUUUCCGCAGUUUGUUAUGUGUCCAUCAUUCAGUGUCUUAGCUCCUCCACAGUCGCCAACCAGAGCAAGAAGUCCCGGGCCUUGUUCUUGUCCGCUGCAGUUUUCUGUAUCUUCAUCAUUUGCUUUGGACCCACAAACAUCCUCCUGAUUCUGCAUUACGCGUCCCUUUUUCAUAACCCCGCCACAGAGGCUACCUACUUUGCCUACCUCCUCUGUGUCUGUGUCAGCAGCAUAAGCUGUUGCAUUGACCCCUUGAUUUACUACUAUGCUUCCUCUGAGUGCCAGAGAUACCUCUACAGUAUCUUAUGCUGCAAAGAGAGUUCCGAUCCCAGCAGUUACAACAGCAGUGGUCAGUUGAUGGCAAGUAAAAUGGAUACAUGCUCUACUAACCUGAAUAACAGCAUAUACAAAAAGCUGUUGGCUUAGGAAAGGGACUGCUGGAGGUUGCAAAGGAAAGGUUGAAAACAGCGCAGAACCUGAGGAUUCUAUUAGUCCCUGCCCAAAAGUAUUUAGUUUACCACCUUAAACAACAAAUGUGUGUUUUUCAUGCCUCCUUUUUAGGAGAGCCAUUAAGGAUAUAGAUUUGUUAGCUACAAAAAAAGAUAACAUGAGUAGAAAACUAUGUUAUUCCAAGACAGUAUUGCCAAUGCUAUAAUAAUAACUGAAUGUCACUUUCUGAUGUAUUUAGGUGACUUACACGUGUGUGUGUGUGUGUGUACAUAAACACACACUUGGAUCAGUUGCAUUGCAGCCUAGAACGGACACUUUGAAACUCUCUUCUUUCACCAGGAGAUUAUGAAAAUAAACUCUGAUUCUCUGAUUUAAUAUGCAAGGUUUAGAUCAGUGGAGUUUAGCCCCAGGCAUCUGAAGAUGUCUAUCAACAGGGAGGGAUUCUAUAGUUUGUACUUACACAGCUUUUGCAAAUAAGUUUAUUUUGAAAUUGUUCAACAGCUUUAAGUUAUUAAGAGAUGAUAUUAUCUGUGUAUAGAAAAAGUUCUGCUGUUUUUCAUUUUAAACGUAUCAAAGUUUGAAUUCUUUAUUACGGAAACGUGGGUAGGAUUUUUGAUGUUUUACACACUGUAUGUAAACCAAGAAUGAGCAGAGCUGCCACUAGCAACAGGAGGUUGGCCUUCAAAGUGACCUGUCCCCGAUGGGGGACUCCACAAUGUGCAUACAAGGCAGUGGUGAGGGGCAGCCCAGACCCCCAGCUGAGCAUCCCGGAGAACGCAGGGAUCGGGACCACCACACUGCUCUCUCUCCUGGGGUCCCCUCUGUGGCUGGCUGUGAACAGAUCAUGUUUACUGGAACUUAGCAGAGUAGGAUGUGCUGUCCCAGGAGAUAAUGAAUAUAAAAGACUUCUCUGCCCGUUCAUUUUAAGAGCAGAGACAGAAGGCAUAUUCACUUCCAGCAGUUACCUUGCAAGGUCCAUUGUCAGGUGGAAACACCCGUGGAGCAAACACGAACACCCAUUUCGUGCUCCGGGCACUCUGAUCGGUGCUGAGCAAUAGAGUUGAGUAAGACUGGCACCUGCCCUCAGGAAGAACAAAAGACAGCCAUGCAUGGACUGUGACAUGCGAUAUGCGUAUAAUAAGUACGUCAUUAUAUAAAGAAGUGUUUUUUAACCAGAUGCCACCAGGCAGGUUUCAUGCAGCCUGUCUUUUGAAGAACUUUGAAUGUUUGCAUUACUGCUUCCUGUGGUUAUGACUCGAGAUGAAAACCCAAUACAAUACAGGAAAUAUAUUUUUAUAAAUAAGUCCUUCCAACUACAUUAAUUGGACUAUGUUUACAAAUGUUUUCAAUAAAUUAGCCAAACCAGGUUUUUAAAAAAGAACUAAUUAUGUCAGUCUGAUUAGAAAUAACAAUAAAUUAAAUUGACUUUGAGUUCUAGCAAAAUUAUUCUAUGUCUUACAUUCCCUUUUCUUAAUGGCUAAUGAGAUGAUUUUAAAAGCAUUUUCUUAACCCUAUGAUGAGUAGGAAGUACAGAAAGUCCUCAGGGAUUUGACAAAAUAAUUGGAAAAUUAUGUUGAAAUGUGUCUUUUUUCCAUAGAAAAAAAUGUUAGCAUUGUAAACAAAAACAUGGAAAGUUCCAAGGCAAGUGCUUACCUAUUUAAAAGAACAAUUUCCAAAAACCCUAGAAUGACAUUAAGGUGUGUAUUAUAAGUGGAAGCUGACAUUGAUUUUUAUUAAUUUAGUUAUAUUCAUUUUACCCAACUCAGUGGAGAUUUGCUGUCAUUGUUUAUUCGGUCUGUAUAUAUAUUAAAAUACCUCUGAUGUAAUAUGACCAUCAUUCCUAUAUUAACAAUCUGUACUUAUAUUAUAUCACUGUUCUUAUGUUAUCUCCUUUUUUAAUGUGUGUAACCUAUGGUAAUAAACCUGUAAGUCUGCUUGGU